AUGUCUUCAAAUAUUUUAGAUACACUUUAUGCUUAUUUCCUUGAAUUCAAUAACUACCUUAAUUCAUUGCCAACUAUCUACAGAAUUCUUGUUUUAUCAACUGUUGCUUUUGCUUUGGCUUCUUUACAUAUCAAAAUAACUAAUGGUGGAAUGACCCGUCAAGCAAAAAUCCAAAAAAUUGCUAAAGCAAGACAUGAAUUAUCAAAACAAAAUGAACAAAAACAACCAGAUGCUUCAGACACUUUAGAUGAUGCAGCUGCUUCUACUACUUCAACUGAUUUUAACAACAACAAAAUUAAAUCUAAGAAGACCUAA